AGGGAUGUUAAAAUCGAGGCCCAUGCCCCUCAGCAUCUACACGUACAGAUCGACCUGAUCCUUUCAGGCUCAGUCAUUUCUCAUCACGAUUUCCUCAUUUUCUGGGCUGCAUGGCCUCCUUUCUCUAAAACUCACCAGAUUGGGAUUUCCUUUUGUCAUCUCCACCUAAUUGCCACUUUCUCACCUACCUCUCGGGAUCUCCGACUGGGUUCGCCGCCCUUGCCGGAACAUAGUUAGCAGCUGUGAUCGGCGCUAUUAACCUAUCUCUGACCUUUAAAAUAUCUAUACUAUCAGCCGUUCGCCUUCGCCGUCUCACCUACACUACCCCUAAACAACAACUUUGGCCACAGACACUGGUAGAUCACAUCGACACAGCAACCAUGUCAACGCGCCUAGGACGAGGCGGCACCAGCGCCGGCGCCAAACAGAGGCUCAUGGCUGAGCUUGAGGCACUGCACAAGGAGAAAUGGGUUAAUUUCGAUUCCGACCAGGCCAACCUAUUCAGGUGGCGUUUCGCCCUCAUGGUCGUCAACCCGGACAGUGACUUCAACGGCGGCUACUUCAAGGCCGAGAUGAUAUUCACCGAGGAAUACCCAUACCAACCGCCCAAGUUCCGCUUCCUAAUCCCCAUCUACCACCCCAACGUCUACCCGGAUGGCCAACUGUGCAUCUCCAUCCUCCACAAGCCGGGGGAGGAUAUCAUGUCGGGAGAGCAAGCCAGCGAGCGCUGGUCGCCCCUCCAGGGUGCCGAGUCGGUUCUUCGAUCGGUCCUCCUCCUCCUCGACGAUCCCGAGAUCAACUCACCUGCCAAUGUGGAUGCCAGCCUGCUCUACCGGGAUCACAGGCCGGAAUAUAAUAAAAAGGCUCGGGAGCUGGUUGAGAGGUCUAAGAAGGAUAUUCCCGACGGUUUCGUGGUGCCGCGGGAUUUCGAGCCGUCCCCGCCGCCGAAGCCCGAGAGCGAGGACGAUGACUUCUGGGCCGGGAGCGACGAGGAGUUCGACUUUGGAGGAAGCGACACCGGGGACGACGACGGCGAGCAGGAGAUGGCUGACUUCGAGGAAGACGGGGAUGGCGAGGAAGACGAAGAGGAAGAGGAGCAGGACUGCAGCGAUGACGAGGAUCAUACCGAGAAGCGCUGAGCCAGCCAGCCAGCCGGGCACCGGCUUUCUCCUAAGCCGGCGUUUCUACGCUGGAAAUCUCCUUCUCCCGCCGUGCCGCUUGCUCUUCUUGCUUUUACGGCGUUUUCCCCCUCAAUGACUUAUCAUACAUACCCUGCAUAGCGGCGGUUUCUAGGCCAGGCGUUUUACGGCAUGGGGGUGGUCUUGGUAGAGAAUCUUUGGCUUGCCGCAUUUAUACAUCGAGAUUAUUAAGUUUGGCCGUGGAUGCAUAGGUAGCUAGGAUUCAUAAAGAAGGACAUCUGGUUUCUAGACAGGCCAUAGAGCAAUUAACCCUGUUGCCCCACA